UCGUAUUUUCAAUUUUUAAUCCUCUUUCUUUUUUUCUCCAUUUUUUGUUUCUGUUCUUCUCUUCUUCUCCCCUCCUUUUUUUUUUUGUUAAUAUUAUUAUUUUUUCCUGACACAAUGGUUCUAUAUAUAUGUUUGUUACAUUGUAUCAAUAUAGUGAAUGCAGGGUUCCGGGGAGACCAGAUAUAGUGAAUGCAGGGUCCGGGGAGACCAGAUAUAGUGAAUGCAGGGUCUGGGGAGACCAGAUAUAGUGAAUGCAGGGUCCGGUGGAGACCAGAUAUAGUGAACGCAGGGUCCGGGGAGACCAGAUAUAGUGAAUGCAGGGUCCGGGGAGACCAGAUAUAGUGAAUGCAGGGUCCGGGGAGACCAGAUAUAGUGAAUGCAGGGUC